AUGGCCCCCUCUGCAACAAUGGGUGAGAGUCCGUCGGCACCUGCUGAGUUUAGAAGCCUUUUGCUUAGAAGUUACGAUGGCUUCACGACCCGGAAAGUGUCUACUGCACCAGCACGCGAUUGUACGACUGACGAAGUCCCCAUCAUUGACUUGUCCGGCAUGUUUGGGGACCUCAACGCAAGAAAGAAAGUUGCAAGUGAAGUUUUAAAUGCUGCUAAAACAAAUGGGUUUUUCUAUAUUAAAAACCAUGGCAUCCCCGAGGAAGCCACCCUAGCUGCUCACCAGAAAGCCAAGGAAUUCUUCAAGCUUCCGAUCUCAGAAAAGAGUAAGCUCGUCUCUAAUAUCUCGUCUUAUGGCUACCACGGCCUUUACACGCGACAAGUCAAUCCGUCUCAAUCUAAAGAUAGGAAAGAGACCUUCAAUUUUCACUACGAUCCUGAAUUCGACCCUGCACACAAACAACAUCUCACCACAGUUCCUCAAUAUGUCAAAGAUCAUCUGCCGAAAGAUUCCAUGAUUUGGGCGCCGAAUGGCAUCCCAGAAUUCAAGGAGACCGUCCUUGGCCAUUAUGAGCAGUGCUUAGCAACAGCACGUCGCCUGAUCCGCAUCAUCGCGCUCGGUUUAGAUCUGCCUGAAGAUUACUUUGACCGCCUGACCAGCUAUCCGGGUGCCGACUUCGGACUCGUGUUCUACCCGGGCCACGGAGAAGACAAGAUUGAGGAUCUUGAGGAAGUCGGUCUUGGAGCACACACUGACCUACAAAUCUUGACCUUGUUAUGGCAAGACGAGAACAAGGGGCUUCAAGUCCUCAAUAACAACCACGAAUGGGUGUUCGCGCCGUCCAUUCCCGGCACGUUGGUUGUUAACAUUGGUGACUUUCUCAUGCGUCUCACAAAUGAUCAACUCAAGUCUACAGUCCACCGCGUGAUACAGCACGGCAAGAAAGAUCGCUAUUCAAUGCCAUUCUUCUUUGGAUUCAAUUUUGAUGAGAAACUAGGUGUUCUACCCACUUGUGUAAAUGAAAACAAUCCACCCAAGUAUGAACCUGCGACUUGCGGAGAGCUGAUUGCAAAACGCCUUGCGUUGGGCGCAAAACCCUCAGCAUGA